GUGAAGGGGGGUGGGUUCUAGAAGGAGUGCAUAGAGUCUGUGUAUCAAGUCGCUGUUUCAGAAUAACAAGUUUGAGCUGCCGAGUGUUGUCGGUGGAGCAAAGAAUAAAGAAAGAGCAGCUGUGUUUGCAAAAGCUGAACGGAGACCAGGGAUCGAUAGGGCUGCAGUAUUCAGUAUAACCAGGACAGACUUCGGAGUCCAUAACCCACGGGACCUUUGUGGAGGGACGGAUACAAAUAUAUAGCGAGCAAAGCUUUGUUUGGUCUGGCGGUGGAGCUGCAACGUGUUUGCAGUUUGGGCUGAAGUGAGCUGCUAUAUGCGUCAUGCAAAGACCCUGUCGUGAGCCGCAUACUGACGGGAUUCAAUAUUGUGUAUUGUUGGGAAAGAAAGGCAGCGUUCUGGGUGGCACCUGUUUUAAAAGAAAAAAAAAAAACUAAACAAAAAUAAUGAAGCCACAAGAAUACUAGGACUGUGGUCGUGUUGUGCAUACUUACCUGCUGUGUGCAGCGUUUCUGUUUAUGACAAACGGGACUCUUUAUUUCAGAGCGUUUAGUGUGUGCACGCACUGAGGAUAUAAACGCUAGUUAUUUAUGGACGGGUCUUUUUUAUUGUUUGUUUAAGCAACAGCCUAAUUCCUGGGGCUGUGUUACUGUAAUGAAGGCUGGUUGCACCAACGAAAUUAAAACAAACGCCGUUUGUAUCUUACGGUCGAGGUGACUGAAAUGGUUGUAAUCGUCUGGGGUUUGUGAAUUAGAGGCUCAGACACGUUUGUUUUGUACAUUUUAAAUUAACGUUUGUUUAAAUGGACUGUGUGCGUGGGAACGAACAACCAAACCAUAUGGACUGUGAAAGUUUGUUUUAUUUCGAAUCAGCCAGGAACCUACCUAGCAGUAGGCUGCGCAUUCCAGUGUUCCCCCAGCAGAGGGUGCUCAAGGACCACACAGGGUUGCAAUCGUUCUGGUUAAGCAGGAGAAACCAACCUUGUAUUACGUACCUGUUUACCUGGACAAGGACCACAAAAACGUUCAUGCACCAGCCUUGUGGAUUGUACUAAACAAAGAACAUGGGACACUUGCCUGCUUUGCUCUAAGUGUUGCAAGGCCAGAUUAACCCUUGGCCAGCAGGCACUGGAUAAAAAAAAACCUAGACUGAUUAUACCAUUGCUGGAAGCAAUACCAGCUGUUACUUGCCAGGAGGUCAGCUCGGGGAAGGUACUAGAGAGGGGCGAAGAAGUGAUUUUAACGGACAGGUUUUCUUCUGUUUUCUUCUAUUUGCAUGAAGGGUGAUAACUGAAAAUAAUUGCUUGAAAAAUAAGUGCCUUUUAUUUUCACCCCGAACUUCUGUCUACUUGUCACCUCUCAUACUGUCAGUUGGCUACCAUAAUCAAAUUCAGAAUUUAUCGUAAAGUCACUGUAAACAAGUUAGAAAACAAUAGAGAUACAUUUCAAUAUGGCUGUAAUAAUGGUACAAUAUAAAAAAUCAAGGAAAACGAUUCUCACAUAAAAAAAAAAAAAUACAGAAUAAUACGUUUUUAAGGGUCGUCCAAAAUUAUCAUCAAAAGGAGCAAGCGUACACAACAGCGUCUGUAACAUGCUAAAAUAAACCAGCGACGGGAGAGUUGCUUAGUACAUUAUGGCCACAAGUUGUUCAUGUUUUCCUAUCAGACAUUACUGAGCUCAAUUAUCGCAGCAAAACCAGCUACUACGAGACCUUUGAAAAGUAAACGCUCCCUAUACAAGUGCAAUGUGGUGCUGAUGGGUUGAAACAAUAAGAACCCGGUCGCACGUGGCAAUGCUUAGUGCUAAUUGGUUGAAGAACUAAAUGCCAGCCCUCACACAGCAAUGCUAAUUGGUUGAAACAGCUCAUUCAUGACACUACAGGCAGUGCAGAUCAACUAUACACUGCUCAUAUGUUAACAAGAGUACAGUUGUGUGUUCGGCUGCACCAACAACACUCCCACUUCCCGCCCCUUAGGCAUCAAAAUAAAUAAAUAAAUGCAAAAAUCGAUGCACCAAGUAUGUAAAAUGUACCUGCCCCUGACCUAAGAGAUUUCUGUAUAUCAUAAUGAGCUACAUUGGUAAAUACGGAGUCAUCCUUUUUAUCAAUCAGCAUUUAUUUCUACAUUUUUUAGUUAUUCAGGUACAUAAUAUACCUAAAUGUUUAAAAGACAGAUUGUAAGAUCCGGUCAUUUUGUGUGCAAAACCAUUUGACAAUACCUACUUUUACUUAACUACCUAAAUCCCCAUCCCUACCUGAGAUUCUUCUGCCUCAUGCUGAGGCACCUGCUCUUCUUCCCCUCUACUGAAUUGGGCUGCUUUUUAAGUACUUCAGCGGACCCAUUUAGAGAGAAUGAAUAACAUUGGAUUGCCUGCUACGCUGGUCUGCAAGCAUUAUAACUAUCUGAAAUGUGUUAUUGUCAUGUCUUUAAGCGGCAGACCUCCACUGAUGCUAAGCCUUUUGUUUUUCAGCCUGUGUAAAUAACAGCAAACUGAAAUAGCUUAAAUAUAUACAGCACACAGUGUGAAAGUAGCAUGAUUCACGAUAGCUCAGUCCAUGCUGAUGCAGCACUACAGUACUUUUAUGACAGCGACUGUCAACAACAGAUACACCUGAACAAAAAUAUACAUUUUAUAUAUUUAUGAAGCAAUUCUGUGCAUUUUGCAUGCUUUUUAAGUAUGUGAUCAAUAUUCCCUUACAAAAAUAAAGUAUAGGUUUCAAUAGACCUAUCGGCCAAAUGUCACAAUUCUCUAUAGGUACCUAUAGUUUUCUAUAGCCUAUAGGACAAAUGUCAAAAUUCUCUAUAAAAACCUACAGGUUCAAUACAAUAGCCUAUCGGUCUAUAGAAGUAUUUUAUAUGUAUUUUCAUAAGGGUUAACAAACAUAGACAAGUGUUUUCCCCAAGGAAAUGAUAAUGACAUCAUAAUUCAGAAGGCUGACAGGGACAUGUAUUGUACAAACGCCGAGCAGCGUUUUAAAUAAGGCUAAAUAAAUCUGAAAAAAUGCAUUUAAACGAGAUUAUAAAAAUGCAAACAGUAUUCAUUCAAAGUGGGUGGGCACGUGCCCCUUCUGCCCGAUUGGUUAGGCGCCUAUAGGCCUUUUUCCAUCCAACUAUUAAGCUUGGUAAAACUUAUGCGAAUAAGAAAAUAUAUGCGACAAACACUAUGGAAAAUGGUUUAAGUCGACUUUUAAGAAGUUUUUACUCGCAUGACGCGCUCGCUCGCUCUAGAGGUGGUUUUAUUUUUUACUCGCAUGACGCGCUCACUUGCAUGUAAACCGUAACGAGCGUGUUUCUGGUCCUAGCGCCCUUCUUCACCAUUCCAGUGACGUCACAUUGUUUAAUGCGCAUGCUCUGAUGAUAAAAACAAGCUGGCAGACGUGGAGCAAAUAAGAAACACAAUUAUUUUUACAAUUACUGAACGAUUGUGAUGAUAUCUCUGCACUUGAUUUGUUUAGGUUUUAAGUUCAAAGUUUCUAACCAUUCAUUUCAAUGGGUCUGAAAGGUCAUGUAAACAGAGCCACUGACUUGCUAAUAGAUCUUGUUUUCAAUGGAUUAUUCAUUAAGCUCCUACAUCCCCGUGGAUGUUUCAGAGGCAGUACCCCCUCCCCCUCCCCCCUCUAAAGGAAGCAUAUAAAACUCAGCACAUUUCUUCAGACUCAGAAGUACUGUCCACACAGCACUGCAUGCUUCCACCAGCAGCUUCUCCUGAGGAUCUCUCUGAGAGGUAUUUUCAAGAAGCAGCUAUGGAGAAAGAAAACUCAUCCUACACUACAAUGUUUACCCUUUCUGGAUUAAAUGAAUCAAGCACAAAUAAAUAUAUCUAUUUUUCUUUCACUCUCCUGGGUUAUCUCUUUAUCAUUUGUGUUAAUUUAACUCUAAUUGUAAUAAUAGCUCUUGAAAAGACACUUCAUGAGCCCAUGUAUUUCUUCCUCUGUAAUCUGAGUGCUAAUGCACUGUAUGGAACUGCUGGUUUCUAUCCUAAACUACUGUUUGAUUUUCUGUCUGAUACGCAUGUCAUCUCAUAUUCUGGGUGCCUGUUACAAAUAUUUAUCAUCUACAGUUUUUCCGUGUGUGAAUUAUCAAAUUUAACAGUGAUGGCAUAUGAUAGGUAUGUGGCAAUAUGCAGGCCCCUGGAGUACCAUGCUGUCAUGACUCCUUUGACGACUGGUAAAUUAAUACUGUUUUCUUGGAUUUUUCCACUCUGUUGUAUGUGUAUUGGUAUUCUAUUAACUUUCAGGUUGCCCUUAUGUGGCUCCCACAUUGAAAAACUGUAUUGUGAUAACUGGUCAAUUGUGAAAUUAUCUUGUGUAGGGACUACUGUUAACAAUGUAUAUGGGUAUGUUAUAACAUGUAUAUUCUUUGCACAUUUCCUUUUUAUUUUAUUUUCCUACAUGAAAAUACUCAGAGCGUGCCGGGCAUCUAGUAUAGCAAUGAGUAAAUGUUUGCAGACCUGUCUGCCACAUUUGUUGUCUGUGAUCAAUUACUCAAUUGCCUUGCUUUUUGAUGUAAUGUACAGUAAAUACGGUUCAUAUGAUAUUCCACAGGUUUUACACAAUCUCCUGUCAGUGGAAUUUCUGAUCGUCCCCCCUAUUUUCAAUCCUGUCAUUUAUGGUUUAAACCUUCAAAAGAUCCGGAACAAAGUCACAAGAAUGUGCAGCAGAAACAAAGUAAUUCACACUUAAUAGAUUCCAGAUGUAGUUGAUACUAUCGCCAUACAUUUAUAAGAAAUCAAAACUUUUAAUUGGAUAUUGUUUUCUACAAUUAAUAAUAGAGCAUAUUAAAUAUUUUUCAUGAAAGAUUGCAAUACAAAACGGAUAGAAAGUUGAGUAGUUUAGUAAGAUAUGUUCCUAUAUAUACAGGAUUAUUUAAUUUGUAAUUGACUCAAGAAAGUAACAGAAUCAGGUAAGUUAAAUGGACCCGAUGCACUUUUUCAACUUCAUUGUAAACCUCUUCCUGAACCCUUCUUGGUUUUGUUAAUAUAAGCUGAAAUGCUUAUUUAUUAAGGGUCAGGGUAGCUUCACAUUUUAUAUAGAAACAUGUAUCAUCAAAGGAAUCAAAUGUACUGCAGGCAUAAGACCAGCUUCUGAUGUAAAAAAAAAUAAUAUUUAAUGAUUUCAUGUAAUGUAAUGUAUUUUAAACUGAAAUAGAUUAUAUCCAUGCUAAGCACAAGUACAUUACAUGUGUACAAAGCAAAUAGAUAAAUACAUUGUUGGUCUCGUGGUUAAAAACAGUAAUUCCAGUCAGCCUUUCAAAGCAGAUUCAUGGACAGGUUAAUAUGCAUGUUUUAUCAUUUCAGAAACAAUAAAGAGAUGUAUUAAAUAAACCAUAAUUCAUGACAUGAUUUAUAUUUGUAUAUAAUGUUAACACUAAUGCACAACCUUGAAUAUCUUGUUUUUAUAACAUGGCUUAAAUACGAUUGAAUACAUAUUUUAUGUUAUAUACUGUAUAAAUACAAUGUGGUAUGUAUGUAUAUUGUUAAUGUAUUUGAUGUAUAAAAUUCAUCCUUACAGUAAAAAAAAUGUGUUACAUAUUGGACAGGGAAAUGUUAAAAUGUAA